ACUAACAGCCAUGGGUCGGAGCUGGGGCGCGCAGCCACUCAAGCUCCAAAAAAAGACAAAAACAAAUAGCAAUUUGACAACUUGCAGGGCGGAUUCAUCAGCCGUCGCUGCUCUAGCUAGUAGAGCAUUCAUCCAUGGCGCCGGGGGCGGAGGAGGCGGAGGGGGCUGGCAGGAGAGGGGUCCCUUCCCUGCUCGCCGGCGGCGGAACCGGGCAGGAGGAGCACAUCGCCACCGACGUCACCCAGCUGAUAGGGUGGACGCCGCUGAUCGAGCUGAAGCGGAUCGCCGGCAAGGAGGGGGUGGGUGCCCGCAUCGUCGGCAAGAUCGAGGCCUACCAGCCCCUCUGCUCCGUCAAGGACCGCGGCGCUCUCAGGAUGAUAGAAGACGCCGAAGAGAAAGGGCUGAUUUCACCUGGUGUCACGACUCUAGUCGAGCCGACAAGUGGUAAUUUGGGGCUAGGACUGGUGCUCAUUGCUCUGAGCAAAGGGUACAGGUUCGUCGCGGUGAUGCCGGGCCAGUACUCGCUGGAUAAGCAGAUCUUGUUGAGAUACAUGGGUGCUGAGUUGUUCAUAACCGAUCCAGCACUUGGGUUUCCGGGGCAAGUCGAAAAGGUUGAACAACUCAAGAAAGAAUUGCCCAAUGUACAUGUUCUUGAUCAGUUCUCGAAUCCAGCAAACCCCGAGGCACACAUUCGAUGGACUGGACCCGAGAUUUGGAAGGAUACUGCUGGAAAGGUGGAUAUAUUUGUUGCAGGUUCAGGCUCAGGAGGCACAGUAUCUGGUGUUGGGAAAUAUUUGAAGAUGCAAAAUCCAAAUGUAAAGAUCAUCUGUGUGGAACCUGCAGAAAGUCCGGUUAUUUCAGGUGGGGAGCGAGGUAAGCACAAAAUCCAAGGAAUAGGACCAGGAUUCGUGCCUGAAAUCUUGGACAGCUCGAUCAUCGACGAGGUGCUUACCGUGACCACCGAGGAAGCAAUGGUGAACGCAAGGAGGUUGGCAAUGGAAGAGGGCCUGCUUGUGGGCAUAUCUUCCGGGGCAAACUUGGCGGCUUGCUUGAAGGUUGCGGCGAGAGAAGAGAACAAGGGAAAGAUGAUUGUGACCAUGUUCCCCAGCGGGGGCGAGAGAUACAUGAACUCUGACCUCUUUGCAGCUGUAAGAGAGGAGUGUGUUGCCAUGACCUUUUGAUCUCACAUGCUACAAAUUUAGAGUUGUUGUAUGUAAAAGGUAUAUGUAGCUAGUUAUCGUAUUGUGUUGCACGACCUUGAUACGGAGUUCAUCUACAAGGGACCAUGAAUUGUUGUUAGUCAUUGAAUGAUGUAUUACCAGAUCAUCGAUGCCACAACGGCACCAAAACAGAACAUCUAUGUUGUGAAUUUGGUGUCCAGUUGGUUCUUGGUACAUGGUACAGAACAUCUAUGUUGUGAAUUUGGUGUCCAGUUGGUUCUUGGUACAGAACAUCUAUGUUGUGAA